GCAAAGUUUCGUCCUGACACAUAUUUAUGGGGUAACAGCUCGACCGGCACAGGCUACACAUAAUACUUAUGGGGUAACAACAUCUUAUACACUUCAUCCUAUCAUCGGAUCACAGUGGUAUGCCACAGAACAUUUAGCCACAUCAUAGAUCCAACUUCUGUUACUUGAACACUCUGCCCGUUGUCAAGGCAUCGACCACUGCAUACAAGACAAGAUGGCUACUCCAACAUCCUUCCUAUAUCCCACGCCAUCGGCGGCAGCACUGAAGCUACAAUUCGUUGGCAAGGAAAUCAAAGACAUACAAGCACCUGCCGCGAUUCUCGAUGUGGCUGUCAUCCGAAGGAACUGCAAACUCAUGCUCGAUACAGCAGAGAAGUUGAAUGUUGGGUUUCGAGCACAUGUUAAGACACAUAAAUCCGCAUCGACUAAUAUGCAAUGUUCAAGACCACAGAGCUGUCACAAUAUCAAGUUGGCCACACCAGCCCUUCAAUUAAGCUUGUCGCCUCAACGAUCUCCGAAGUAGAAUCACUAAGUCCAUGGCUCCUCGAAAGUGUCCAACUCGGCAAGCAUAUCUCCAUUCUCUAUGGCCUUCCGAUUUCCCCUUCUGCAAUUCCGCGCCUCGCAGGCGUGACGCGUAUCCUCGGACCAGGGACCGUAGGCAUUUUCGUCGACCACCCAGAUCAUGUCAAUCUCAUUGAACAAGUCAGCGAAGACAUUUGGCCCGGUCAAGUUCCAGUCUGGGUUACGAUUGAUGUCGGCUAUCAUCGCGAAGGAGUGCCAGCAGGCUCGAAGCAACUCGCAGAUCUUGCUCAAGCGCUGAAGGGCGCAAAGAAGGCCGUUCUUGCUGGAGUGUACACUCACAUGGGUCACAGCUAUUCAGCCAGCAGUCCCGAGGAUGCACUUCAGUUCAUGUCUCAGGAGAUUCUGGGGCUGGAAGAAGGCGCCACCUCCUUUUUGAACUCUGUCGGGCGCGAUGUCGAGUCAUCUUCGAAAGUCGUUCUCUCGCUUGGCGCAACGCCCACAGCCACAGCGAUUCAGAACUUGACAGAAGGCAGUGAAGCUGUCCAGCAGUACCGCUCUACUAUCGAAAGAGUCCAGCAGUCGUUCGAUGUCGAAUUUCAUGCCGGCGUGUACCCAGUCAUGGACAUGCAACAAUUGGCGACAAGAGCACGACCUCAGACGAGUGCGAGAACUGGGCAAAGCCUUCUGUCGUUUCGCGAUCUUGGAUUUCGCGUUUUGACAGAAGUGGCCAGCACUUACUUCGAUCGAGGCGAGAAACCUGAGGCCUUGAUAGCAGCAGGCGGGAUAGUGCUGGGGCGGGAGCCAUGCAAGAGCUACCCUGGCUGGGCUGUUGUGACACCAUGGCCCGCGGCUUCAGGACAAACAUACGAUCCAGAAGGUGACCAGACAGGCUGGAUCGUUGGCCGUAUUUCGCAAGAGCACGGAAAUCUGACUUGGGAGGGCCCAAAGGAUAACUUUCGCACCCUUGGCGUUGGCGAUAAAUUAUUGCUUUGGCCUAAUCAUGCAUGCAUUGCUGGCGUGAACUUCGGGUGGUAUCUUGUCGUCGAUUCCGACAAGGCGAAUGCUGACCGAAUUGAGGACGUCUGGAUCCGAUGGCGUGGUUGGUAGAGACACAUAGUCCCGCAUUUUCAGAUGAGAUUUGUGUCAGCCGUAACAACGCUCUCCGCGCCCAUUUUGCACUUUGAUGGCAGCAGGUCCUGCAGGAGGGUCACCAGCACAUGCACAUACACGCAUGUAGUCGGAUAUCUACGCCGGUACUCGCAAGCCAAAAGUUGAAAUCUCUCGGUCCCGCUUCUUCAGUCUAUGUUGAUUG